AUGGAAAGCCCAUCUACUGUCCCAGAUGGCCACCGCGCCUACAAUGUCACUGAUACCGACCAAAGUGGACACAUAGUUAUUGUUUCGACACUCCUGAUGUCGUGGAUGGUGUUGUGCUUCUUUAUCCGGAUAUACAUUCGCUCAGAUAUCAACGGACCUUUUGGACUGGAUGAUCUGGUGGCAGGGAUAGGAUCGGCACUAGGCAUUGUCCAUGUCGGCGUUUUGCUGAAGGCAGUCAGUCAGGGAAUAGGAAAAUCGAAAGAAUACUUGCGCCCGACUGAUGUGAAUUCAGCUGAACAGACUUACUAUUCCAGCGAUAUAUUGUUCAUUCUGGCUCAUUCAUGCGCCAAAGCUUCAGUGAGCUUACUCUUAUUCAGGUUGGGACGCGACCCUCUAUACAAACGCGGAUGUGCCGCAAUUGCACUUUUCAUAGGGAUAUGGGGAAUUGCCGCCACAGCCACCAUGUCCAUAAAAUGUGACUUUUCGAAACCUUGGAUAUUGAGCGAUAAAUGCAGUCAAAUCGAGUUACGCUGGCAACUUAUCACGGCUUUUGACGUUUUACCGGAGCUUUUAAUGUUCGGAAUGUUGGUAUAUCUCAUCUGGGGAUUACAGAUGGUGAUGAGCCGAAAAGUCGUUAUAGUAGGCGCUUUUGCGUGCAGGCUCCCCGUCGUUGGAUUCUCUAUAUUUCGACUCACCACGAUCAAUGGUGCGGUAGAUCUGCAGGACCCGACCCUUUCGAUGGUGCCCUACGUUAUCUGGACGGAAAUACUUUUGCAUUACAGUAUAAUGGCGGCCACGAUACCCUGUCUAAAGCCGUUUUUCAUUGCGUUCAAUACCGGAUGGGGCCAGGGUAGCCAUAAAAGGACCAGCAGGUACCCUCAAUACACUUCCGGAGCCAGUUCCAAGACUGGUACUACCUUUUCCAAUAAAUUUGGAAAGAUAAUAGGCUCCUCUCAGGCCGAUUUCCGGAAUGACGCUUCUGGAACAAGAUGUUUAUCGCAUGCUCUAAAUCGUGAGGAAGCUCCUUCUAUUGAGAGCCAUGAAUCGCAGCGGAUGAUUAUCCGGGAGACUAGGGGUUGGACAGUUGAACAUGAAAGUUGGGAGAUGAGCAAUUAUGGAAAUACACGCCAGGCUUGA